AAAGAGAGAGCAGAAAAUGUGAGUGGGGGAAGAUGGAGAGUGGUAUGGGAACAACAACAAUUGAUGCUAUGACAAACAACAACAGCAAGAAAUUUGUGUGAGAGUAGAGAGUCUUGCUUCAGUUGAAUCAAAGAUUGGUCCUUUUUUUUUCGUUUUCUCUUUCCUGCUUUUUUUGUUUGUAGUUUCUGAUCUCUCAGGAAGGCUUUUUAUAAAUUUGCCCUCAAUUUCUCCGUCCCUACUACUCUUUUUGAUCAAUUUCUACGGGAAAAAGCACCAAUCUUUAAACCCGGGCAUGUCCUUGUAAUCGAGUAUGUUGUGUAAGUGAUGAAUUUGUGGUGAGAUCUGGUGAGAAGUUUCCUCUUUUUUCUCAGAUUGCGGUAAAAAAAAAGAGUUUUUAAUAAGGAAGAGAUUGAGAUUAGAUUUUAUCGCUUUUGUUUGUGUGAUAUGGGUAACGUGAACGCCAAAAGAAAACCGAAAUAGUAACAACGCUUCUGCUGUUGAAGACGAAGACGCUGAGAUUUGUUCUCGUGAAGCUAUGUCUGCUGCUUCUGAUGGUAACCAUGUCGCUCCUCCUGAGCUUAUGGGUCAAUCUCCUCCUCAUAGCCCUCGAGCUACUCAGUCUCCUCUCAUGUUUGCUCCUCAGGUUCCGGUGCUUCCACUUCAAAGACCUGAUGAAAUUCAUAUCCCUAAUCCUUCGUGGAUGCAAUCGCCAUCUUCGUUGUAUGAAGAAGCUUCUAACGAACAAGGAAUCCCUACGAUGAUCACUUGGUGUCAUGGAGGCAAGGAGAUUGCUGUGGAGGGAUCAUGGGAUAAUUGGAAGACAAGAAGUCGGCUGCAGAGAUCUGGGAAGGACUUCACUAUCAUGAAAGUGUUACCUUCAGGAGUCUAUGAGUACAGGUUCAUUGUGGAUGGACAGUGGAGGCAUGCCCCUGAGCUCCCUUUAGCUAGAGAUGAUGCUGGGAACACUUUCAACAUUUUGGAUCUUCAGGACUAUGUUCCUGAAGACAUUCAAAGCAUAUCUGGGUUUGAGCCUCCGCAAUCUCCAGAGAAUAGUUACAGCAACUUGCUUCUCGGAGCUGAGGACUACUCUAAAGAACCGCCUGUGGUUCCCCCGCACCUACAAAUGACACUGCUGAACUUGCCGGCAGCCAAUCCUGACAUUCCAUCUCCGCUGCCGAGACCUCAGCAUGUCAUUCUCAAUCAUCUUUACAUGCAGAAGGGCAAAAGUGGUCCUUCUGUGGUUGCGCUUGGUUCCACUCACCGAUUUCUAGCAAAGUAUGUAACUGUGGUGCUCUACAAAUCCCUGCAGAGGUGAGUGAAGAUGAUGCAAUUCCAAUGGGUAGUUAGCAUGUGGAUCCUCGGCAUGCUCUUAUCUAUUUUGGUGUUAAAACGUUAACUCAUGGAGUAUGGGUGAGGCUAUAUAGAAAGGAGACACACGAAGAGAGUUAUUUCCAGGCAAAGUAUUCCCUCGAUACAGCGAAUUUUGUUGUCUUUAAAAGUUGUCAAUAAGGUUUACCAACAGAAUGAAGAUGCAGUAUUCAGUCAGUGUCUGUGUAAUCUUUUGAUUUGAAGACUUCAUCAUCUGUUUUUUUUUUAGCAUAGAAGAAUGCAGGAACGACUUCACUUGUAAAACCGGCAAAUCUUUUUUAUGGUUUUGUUUUGGGGCUUUCAAGUUUUCACAAAAA